CACCUCAGCUGGUUUCUCAAAGGAAGGCUGUCUGCUCUAAUACCUAAACAAUUGUAACUCCAGUAAGGGAUUUUUUUUCUCCUCCAUCACCCUCCAAGGUGGUGGGAAAAGAACAUUCUCAGGAGCUGUAUCUGGUUGCACCUGAGGGACCAUGGAUUGGCUGCUAUGGGCAAAGUGUACUGUCUUAUUUAUUGUAAUGCUAUCCUUACAAUGCACCUGCAACUGGGAAUUACAGGUUAAUGAAGGAAAAUCUGAAAAUGGAACAAUCUUAUGGAACACUGUACAAACUAGAAGGCAAAAGAGAGAAUGGUUGGCCCCAGUUGUACAUUUGAGGGAAGAAGAAGACAACAGACACAGAAAUCCUAUAGCCAAGGUCCAUUCAGAUAAAGCAAUAAAGAAACAAAUAAUGUAUACUGUUUCUGGACCAGGUGUGGACAUGGAACCAUAUAAUAUAUUCCUCAUUGACAGCAAAACUGGAUAUCUAAAUGUGACUGGGCUAAAAGUUGAUCGCGAAGUUACACCUGUUUUCUUUUUAACUGUAAGGGCUAUGUCUGGAGGAGCAGAUGUGGAGAAACCUCUUUCCCUACGCAUCAGAGUUAUAGACAUUAAUGACAAUGUACCAGUGUUCUCACAAUCUGUUUUUAUUGGGGCGAUAGCUGAAUUAUCCAGUGCAAACAGUCUGGUGAUGCAGAUCGUUGCUACUGAUGCAGAUGAAGUUAAUACAUUACACUCAAAAAUUGCAUACAAAAUAAUUUCUCAGAGUCCUUCUGAACCCCUAAUGUUCAUUAUGAAUCAACACACUGGAGAAGUCUUCACAGUGUCCAGUAACCUAGAUAGGGAGGAAAGAAGUAGCUACUCUUUGGUUGUUAGUGGAGCAGAUAUGGAUGGAGCUGCCGGAGCUCUUUCUGGACAAUGUGGAGCUUCCAUAAAUAUCCUUGAUGUCAAUGAUAACUUCCCUAUGCUUGAGUAUGAGUCGUAUUCUGUUUCAGUAGAGGAAAAUGCAUUACAACAAGGAUUGCUCUUUAUCCAAGUAUUUGAUCAUGAUGAAAUGUUCUCAGACAACUGGUUGGCAGAAUUCGAAAUUGUGUCUGGAAAUGAAGGUGGCUGGUUUGUAAUUGAGACAGAUGCUGCAAAUAAUCGUGGGAUAUUACACGUUGUCAGGGAAUUAAAUUACGAAGCAUUGCAAAUGAUGAACCUUGGCAUAGUUGUAAGAAACAGGGCCCCCUUCCAUCCUUCUAUUCUAUCUGAGUACCAACCGAAGGUGACUAACAUAGCUGUUCAAGUACAAAAUGUGCACGAGGGAUAUGCAGUUAUACCACGUCCAUUAGUCGUGAGCAUUCCAGCAGGCCUGACCAAAGAACAGAUGCUUAAUUAUAUACUGGUCAAACUGCAGAUGGAAAAUGUGGACACUGGGGAAAUCGUAUCCAAUGCUGUGUAUACUACAGAUGAAAAUGGUAGCAAAUGGUUAUUUAUUGAUGACCAGGGGAAUGUCAGACUCAUAGGUGAUCUACCUCGUGACACCACCGGCACAGGCACCGGCACAGGCACAGGCACAGGCUCAGGCAAUUACACUGCGGUUAUCUUUGGAGUAAACAACGAUGAACCAACUCGAACCGUUACUACCACACUUACUGUGAAUGUUACAACUCCAACCUGUCCUGUGAUUUCUACUCAGCAAAGGACAAUAUGUUCAAACAAUCCCCAGGUUCUUCUUCAGGCAGAUGAUGGGGCUGGAUUAUCCACUGCUCCUUUCACAUUUAGUAUUGUAUCGGUAUCAGAUGUCUCAGCAUUUACUUUGACAAAUGUAAAUGGUUCAAGUGCAGUGUUAGCAACAACAAAUACAGAACCCCGCAAUGUUACUGUUCAAGUUCAAGUUGCAAACAGAAAUGGUCAGAGUUGUUCCCUACCUGUGAGUAUCUUAUUACAAAUCUGCCAGUGUAUGGACAGUGGAAACACCUGCGUACAGUCAGGAACAUUCCAAAAGGCAAAAAGUGUUGCGCUGGGCCCUGCAGCCAUCGGACUGUUGAUCAUGGGAUUCUUAGCACUCUUAUUGGCUCCGCUAUUAAUGCUGCUCUGCUCGUGCGGCCCUGCAGCAAAGGGCACAUUUGUUCCUGUAGCAGAUGGGUACGAUGGCGCAUACCGGCCCUGGGGAACUGAAGGAGCAAAACCUGAAGAUGUGGAUGUGACCAAUUUGCUUGUAAGUUCGGGUGCUCCGGAUUGUUAUGACAUGAGCACAAACAACUACAUAACUGGAGGAGGACUGGAAUCAACAACAGCGCCAACAACAGCUGAAGCCGGUGGCUUUGGCACUACAAGGGUUCAUUCUAGAUCUUUUGGCACAGGACUGGGUACAGGAGUUGUAGUGGGCAGCGGGGCAGGAUUCAUUGGGACUGGUUUGGGCAUACAUGGAUUUUCUGGAGAGAGCAAUGCCGCGGGGUCAUUGACUGGAGCUAUGUCUUCACAGUACAGAGAUGGAGGCACCAUUAACACAGCUUUUGUGGAAAACUACUUUACAGAAAAAGCUGAAGCCUACGCCAAUGAGGAUGAAAGUCGACCAGCAAACGAUUGCCUUUUGAUUUAUGAUAAUGAAGGCAUGGGAAGCCCUCCUGGCUCUAUUGGAUGCUGCAGUUUUAUUGAUGAAGACUUAGAUGACAGCUAUUUGGACAAUUUGGGGCCAAAAUUUAAAACUCUGGCAGAAAUAUGUUCUGGUAAAACACCCGAGCCUAUGCUGCGUGUUAAAGAACCAAUAGUAGUGACUAGCAUUCCAACGGUAGAGCCCAACAUUAGCUUUUCAUUAAAUGAUGCUGUUUCAACUGUCCGUCAAAUGCCACCUGCCCCUGUGACUAGUUCUACCUAUGUAAGUGAAAGCUUAGUUUCAUCCUCAAACCUGCAACCUGCUAAACCCAUUCCUGAGCCUGGUAACGUUUUAGUAACGGAAACUUACACAACAUCCGGUCCUUCUGUAUUUAAUUUUGAUUCCCUUGUUCAGCCUAACAUCUUGGUGACAGAAAGAGUGGUUGGGCCUACUCCAGGAAUGAGAGGUGCUUUUCCUGAAAUAUCUGAUGGCUCCAAUGUUAUUGUGACAGAAAGAGUUAUGCGCCCUGCUUCUGGGGUGCAUGACAUGGUAGAUUUUGCAAAUAUACAAGACAGCUCAAAUGUUGUACUGCGGGAGAGAGUGCUAGCACCUAACACCUCAAGGCUGUCUGGGUCAUUCAAUUUCCCAGAAUUAAGUCAGGGUCAGGGUCAGAAUGUGGUUGUUACUGAACGAGUGAUACAUCCCGCCUCCAAUGUUCCAGCAAAUGUAAAUAUACACUCUGAUCUGAUGGAUGGGCAGAAUGUUCUUGUGACAGAAAGGCUAAUACAACCAGUAGCCAAUGUUUCAAGCAGUAGAAGCAUCCAUCCUGAGCUAGUCGGUGCACAAAAUGUAAUAGUGACAGAGAAAACACUCCGAUCUGCCCCAGGUAUUCAAAGCCACAUGCUAAGCCCUGAACCCUUACGAAGUGUUGGAUCAACUUCCCCCAGCGUCACUCGCAGUAGGGUUACUAAGUACAGCACUGUGCAGUCCGGCCCGGCUGUGCAAAGCCAUGUGCUAAGUGCUGAACCCUUACUAACACAGGCUGUUGGAUCCACUUCCCCCAGCGUCACUCGCAGUAGGGUCACUAAGUACAGCACCGUGCAGUAUUCUAAAUAAUACAUCUUUUGUGUGAUAUUUGAUAUUGAUUUGAGAUACAGUGGUGUUAUUAGUGUAAAGACUGUCUUGAACCCAUACCAACAAUAUACUGGCUAAAGCCUUUGCUAACAAACUGGAUAGAUUUUUUACUGCAUUUAUUAUAAGAAAACCUUUAAACAUAUUCUUGGUUUUUAUACCGUACAUCAUAUUCAGUUGUAAUGAUCAAAGAAUAUCCAAAUAGGUUAUGUCCAAUCUUGAACAUUUGGAUUGCUGUAUGAAUUCUUAUGGUUUCAGGGUUGUUCUGUUGCAUAAUUAGAGCUAUACUGUAUUUAGAAUCAUAUGUAGUUAGGCUAUGUAUUUAAUAUUUCCCAAUAAAUCCAACAAAAUCAAAGUAUGAGGCAAGCAGGGUUAAUUUAAGGUGCCAGUGGGCUCAGGGUAAAGAUUUCAUUGGUGGGCCCCCCGGCAGUCAUCCCAGUAAAUUUGUGCUCGGAAUCUAGAAUAUAAUAAGGCAGGCAAUAAAGAUAUGGUCUUUGUUUACCAAAGCAGAAUUGGGAUCCAGGGACACUGCCCUGAUCUAUCAGCAAUGAGAGUAGAAAAACCAUGAUUACAAAAUAGAAAAACACAGUAACACAUAAAAAAUUCAGUCUUCAGGUAUCAUAAAACUGUUGUGCUCUCCCUGGACUAAAGUGAGUGGUCUGCCAUUUCAGGGGGAUGCUUCAUUUAGAAGUUAUAGAAAAUGAAAAGUCUGAUGGUGGGCCCCAAGUCUUGGUUGGCCCUGGGCAAAAAACCCUUUUGCCUAUUGAUUAAGGCCCUGGAGGCAAGCACUUCCCUCACUCUUGGACAAUAAAUUAAUUGAUACUAUAUUACUUGCAUGUAAAAGCCUAAAGCAUUAUGUGUUUCAUGUUCACAGAUGUCUUAGGCUUUUAAGUCUCAUACUUUGAUUUCAUAUUCAUAUUGGAUUUGGUUUGGCUGAACAAUCAUUAUGUGGUUGAAAUAGCAUCCUGCAAAAAGUGCUGGGAUUUGGCCGAAUCCUGGGUUUGGUGCUGAGCUACUGAGUAAAAAAAUACACUCCUUGAGGGAAGAUAGCAAUCCCUGACAUGGGAGAUCUAUCAAAAACUGCUCAACAGCGAUUAAGGCGAAUCAAGUGACUUAAAAACCUUAGUUACAUAUUUUGGAAAGGUUUCUCGUUAAAGUUCAAUUGCAACAUUUAAUCUGUUUUGUUAUUGAAAACAAACCCAUUGUAUUUAUUUGGUUUAGGUUAUUGGCUUUAUAUUUUGCUUUAUUUGCCUUAAUUGUUAGAACUUCUCUUUGCUGAUUUGUAUAUAUAUAUUUUAAGGGGAAAACAUAAGUGCUUAUGCAGGUUGGCAUUUGCUUGAAGUAUCUCUCUGCUAUUAUUUUUUAGAUAGAAUUAGGUAACCGUCUUUUUCUUCUCAGCAUGCUAUAUACCAUUAACUAUUCUGUAAAUCUGGGAGUGCACAUUCUUGCUUGCUUAAUUUCAUUUUAUUGCUACAUAUAUACUAUACCACAAUCUCAUACCACUGAUUAGGGGCAGAUUUAUCAAAAUGUGAAAUUAGAGCUCACCACAGGAAAAUUCACCCACUUUCUAUUCAUUCCUAAGGGAUUUUUAGAAGCGUAUUUAUGGGUGAAAGUUAGAGUUCAUGAUUUGAUAAAUACCCUUCUAAAAAUCCCAAAUGAAUAAAGAGUGAGUGAAUUUUUCCAUGGUGAGCUCUUAUUUCACACUUUGAUAAAUCUCCUCUUUAGCAAAAGGCGCUGGUUUCUAUUAAAAAUACAAGUGAGAUGGGAUGUGGCUAAAUGAAUUGGUAACCUGUCACCAAACUGCUACUACAGGCACAUUUUUCAUAUAAAAUAAACAUCAGUAUAGAGUUACAAAUAUAUGGGAGAAUAAAAUAAACAGGAAAAGUAUUAAUAAAACUGAUACUGAAAAAUUGCAUUUCACAAUGUAAUAUUUUUUGUUACAUACAAAUGCUCUAACAGAUCUUACCACAAAACAUCACAUUACCACAAAAUAAUAAUGGAAUGAAGCCAUACACUAUAAUACUUAAAGGAGAUGGAAAGGAAUUUUACUGCCAAUAGAUUAGCCACAUUAGUGCCACCUAGAAUGCUAUAUUUAUUCUGCAGAAAGCUUUACCAUACCUGAGUAAUCAGCCCUAGAAGCUCCCUAUGUUUGCUUAAGAUAGCAGCUGCCAUUUUAGCUUGGUCUCAGUAGCUUCCGUGCUGCAGCUCUAGCUGCUGGUAUCUCAGAUCACACAUUCUUAUGUGGGGGGGAGGGAAUUCUAAGGAAUUCUUAUGGAAGGGGGGAGCAAAAAAAGGAAGGGGAGAGAGGAGAGAGCUGCACAGAUUCUUACCCCAAACCUGAAGGAGCCCUAAAGGAUAGGAAUUCUGAUACCGAGGAACAUUUUUACACAAAAAAAGACAAGAAAUCCUGGGUUUCUUUUGAUAGAGAACUCAGUGCAGCGUUUCUGUGAGUGCUUAUGGCUGUAUUUACAUAGACCUUUCUGAUAAAGCUUACUUAGUUUUUACCUUUACUUCUCCUUUAAUAGCAACACAUAACACUUUUUUUUACAUCACACAGUUUUUAAUUCCUUUACACAGCAAUAAUAUUUCCAGCAGCUUCAAGAUUUCUGUAUAUUUCCUUUAAAAGUAUUAAUUCAAAUUUUCCCAUAAAGUCUCCCUCAACUGAUCAUUUGAAAUGUAUGCAAGGAAGUGGCUUAUUUAACAAGAAAUGUUACAUAGAGAUGCUGCUGACCCUCAUUAUGAAAACAUUUUAUAAAUGAUAUCACUUUAGCAGAAAGGCUUUUAUUAUAACAAUGUUACUCUCCAGGUACCUAUAUAGUCAAAAUCCUGGAACAAUAUAAAAGGUUUUUUUGCCAUAAAUUUUAGAUUCACUUUGUAAAUAGGAGAUCCUUUUUGAUUGUCACUGUCACUCUAUGUUUAAAGAUCUCAAGACAAGUAACUAUGUACAAUAGAAUAUGUUUGGUAAAACUGUGUUUGUAUUUUAUAGAAAAUAUUAAGAACUUUGAAAUAAAAAAUGGCUUUUUUUCAAGAGAAGUUCAAUAAAAGCAGAAUAUCUUGAAUCAGA